AUGAAUUUUUUAUGCAUAUUGGCACAAUUUAAUAAUACUACACCCUAUCCAAUCACGCAAGACGGCACGUGUGGAGUUAUUGUUAACAAGUCAUGUGGCAAUUUUGACUGUUGUUCAACAAACGGUUAUUGUGGUGGUAGUUCAGAUGGAUGUCAAGAAGGUUAUGGUUACUGCGGUAUCAUUCAUGAUGGUUUAACGAUUAUUGAUUCAUGCAAAAGAGAAAAAACUUUGGCAUUAACUUUUGAUGAUGGUCCACGUCCGUGGUCUUCUCAAUUACUCGACGAAUUAAAAAAUCAUAGUAUAAAAGCAACUUUCUUUGUCAACGGUCAUAAUGCUCUCGAUUAUUGCAUAUACGAUUACGCUGAUAUCAUACGUCGAAUAUACAAUGAAGGUCAUCAAAUCGCUCAUCAUACAUGGUCGCAUCCUCAUAUGGCUCAGGUGUCACCUGAAGAAGUCAGCUACCAAAUGCAUAAGUUAGAAAUAGCAUUUAUUAAAAUUCUUGGUGUAGUCCCACGAUUUUUCCGACCACCGUUCGGUGAAGGUAUAAAUUAUGAGGCAUUAAGAACGUACAUGAUAGAACAAGAAUAUAAAUAUUUUGCACUUUGGGAUGUUGACACCAAUGAUUUUCAGGUAUUAAAUCAUGAUAGGAUCCGUACUACCGUUGAGGAGUUAGUACCAUUUAAUAUUGAAAAUGCACUAAAUUUGGGUUAUAGCUUUGAUACUGUAGCUGGAUGUAAUGGAAUAUAUAAUAGAACUGAUUGGUAUAAUGUUGUUGGGAAACCUCAACAAAAUGAUUCAACUUGG